AUGCGUCCUGCCCUUCCCGCCAUCUCCCGGAUCCUCUCGCGCCCUAGUGCCAUCUCAGUCCGCUCCUUUGCAUCUCAACCCACCCCUUCGCCGCUCAAUUCCAACACCGCUGCGUCACCUCCUGGUGGUCCUCAAGCACCUCUCGAAUACUGUUCAGCUCUCGUCAAGAAGCUCGAUCCCGAAGCUUGGCUAUGCUCAUACUUUUGGCCCGGGAAAGAAAGGGCAUGGUGGCUGGCUUGGAGAGCUUUUAAUCUUGAGCUCCAUUCUAUCACCACCACCGUGUCACAGCCUGCUUUGGCAGCCAUCCGCUUUCAAUUCUGGCGUGACACUCUGAAGACCAUCUUUGCAACCAAUGCCUCAAGCAGCAACGUGCCGCAACAUCCUGUGGCAGUUCUACUGGCAGACAUGAAGAGGCAUAGACCGAUACAAAGAUACUAUCUCAGCCAGAUGAUUGACGCCAGGGCCAAAGCUCUAUCCCUUCCCCCAUCUUCCUCCACUCUCGAAAGUCACCUGCACCUCCACUCUCCUCUAUCCUCUGCUCUCCUUCUCGGACCCCUCCCCGUCAUCCUUCCCCCUACCCAUCCCGAAUCUGCCCAUCUCGCCCACACCCUCUCUCAUCUGUCCACGCUUCUCACGGUCGUCUCCAUGCUCCGUAACUUGCCCCUCCUCGUCUCUAGCAAGAGGCAAAUCAAUCUGCCGGCGGAUCUGUGCGAGAAGCAUGGGGUGGUGGAGGAAGAGCUCCUGAGAAAGGGUGCUGAGGCAAAUGGCUUCAGGGAUGUGUGCUGGGAGGUUGGGACGAGGGGAAUGGAUGAGUUGAUCACGGCAAGGCAGGAUCUGAAGAGUACCGGGGGCAAGGUGAUCCCGAGCAGCGUCAUGCCGCUCUUUCUCUCAGCUGUCCCGGCGGAAAACUACCUCCAGAGGCUCGAGAAGCUCGACUUUGACGUCUUCCACCAAGACUUGCAAAAGUACGACUGGCAGCUCGCUCCCAAGAUUUGGUGGAGGUAUCAGACAGGUAAACUCUAG